CCACAAACCUGUGUGUCCCUUCUUCCUGUUCAUCUCUGACAGAAUCAUGGAGCCUGCACAGCUCUGCACUGUUGUCAUGAGCAUUGCAAGCAUAGGGCACACAAUCCUGGAGUCUUUGCAGAGACACAAGAAGAACCAAAUUGGUGAGGAACAUGAUGAUUCCCUUGAAGGAUAGAUUGCUGUGGGACAUAGCGAAAACCAGUUCAAGAAUGGCCAGAGUUUCCUGGUGUUGGAUGAACAAAGGUUUGCAAAAGAGAUUCUUCCCAAGUAUUUCAAGCACAACAACAUGGCGAGCUUUGUGAGACAGCUAAAUAUGUAUGGCUUCCGUAAAGUAGUCCAUGUUGACUCUGGCAUUGUCAAAUUGGAACGGGAUGGUCCUGUGGAGUUCCAGCACCCAUACUUUAAGCAGGGCCGUGAUGACUUGUUGGAGCAUAUUAAAAGGAAGGUUUCCUCUUCAAGACCUGAAGAAAAUAAAAUCCGUCAGGAAGACCUGUCUAAAAUCAUAAGCAGUGCUCAGAAGGUGCAAAUUAAACACGAGACCAUCGAAUCCAGGCUGUCUGCCUUAAAGAGGGAAAAUGAAUCCCUUUGGAGGGAAGUGGCAGAAUUGAGAGCAAAACACUUGCAGCAGCAACAGGUUAUUAGAAAGAUUGUACAGUUCAUUGUUACUCUGGUGCAGAAUAACCAGCUAGUGAGUCUAAAACGCAAACGGCCACUACUUCUGAAUACCAAUGGACCUCCAAAGUCCACUAUGUUUCAGCAGAUCGUCAAAGAACCAGCUGACAAAAACCAUCAUGUACCACUCAGCAGAACUGAGGGACUAGAGCAGAGGGAGCAGAUUUCAGAUGACAUCAUUAUUUAUGAUGUCACUGAUAUUGGUGAGGAAGAAAAUACUAUGGGUGAAGAAGAAAGUGCUCCCAUUACUCCAGAAACAAAUGAGGAUGCUACAUCAGACUCUUCCAACUGUAGUCAUUCUCCUGAUAUUGUAAUUGUAGAAGAUGAUAAUGAGGAUGACAACGUCCCUGUAAUUCAAGGGGAUAAAAAUACCGAACCAAUCACUAUCCCAGCCAGUGAUCCCCUCAGUCCUGUCAGUGACAGUACAAGCCCUCUCAUGUCUAGUGCUGUUCAACUGAACAACCAGUCAGCUCUAACUGCAGAAGACCCUGUCUCAAUGAUGGAUUCCAUACUCAGUGAGAAUGGAGUAAUUUCACAGAACAUCAACCUUCUUGGAAAAGUUGAGCUAUUGGAUUAUCUUGACAGUAUUGAUUGCAGUUUAGAGGACUUCCAAGCCAUGCUGUCAGGACGACAGUUCAGCAUAGACCCAGAUCUUCUGGUUGAUCUUUUUACAAGCUCCGUGCAGAUGAAUCCCACGGAUCAUAUCAGUAAUACAAAAGAGACAAAAGGAAUAGAAACUACAAAGAGUAAUGGACCUCAGCCUGCUUCACAAGACGCACAAAGUUCUAAGCCCAAAUCAGAUAAACAGCUCAUUCAAUAUACUGCCUUUCCACUCCUUGCAUUCCUUGAUGGGAGUCCAGGUGCAACUGUUGAGGGUGGAAAUUCCACAUCUGAAACCAUGUCCUCCCUAGACAAACCCUUAGAAGUGGAUGAGCUUCUGGAAAGCAGCCUGGACCCUGAACCAACUCAAAGCAAGUUAGUGCGGCUGGAGCCACUGACUGAGGCAGAAGCAAGUGAAGCCACACUGUUUUAUUUAUGUGAACUUGCUCCUGCACCCAUGGACACAGAUAUGCCAUUCUUGGAUAACUAACAUAGCAGGAACUUUGUAUAUAUUCAUCAAAAUGAACUAUUUAUUUAGGAUAUCGUUUGGUAUCUUUCUGGGUUUUUUGGCAAAUACUUUGGUUAGUAUAACCAACUAUUGUGGAAUCUCUCUAUCCUUCUCCCCACAAACAGCUUUUUGAAUAUGUGUAAGUAGUUGUGUACUUAUACAAAACAUCAUAGACAUAGUAUGACUUGGUAUAUGCAACUAAGUUACCAGAGUUUUUAAUUGUUGUCAAAUAUUUGGUAUUUACAGAGAAUACAAAAUAUCCCAGGUAAUCAAAAUUCAUGUCAUAAUCUUUGUUUUACACUCAAACUUUUUGGUUCUAUGUAUGAUUGAGUAGAAUAACUCUGUAUUGUGUAGAACUCUAAAUGUUUUCUGUAUUUUAGUUUUCUAUUUUUACAACCUUUUUGUUUAAACUUUUUUUUGGGGGGGGGGGGUGCUGCAUCAAGACCUGAGUUGAGCUGUAUUUUUUUCUGGUUGAAUUGGGAACAAAGUGCCUGUUACCUACUUGACUGUUUUGGUUCUGCCUUAGUUCUUCAGUGAGUGUGGUCAUACAUGACAGGAGAGAAAUGGAAGUUUUUAUUUAUUAAGACAGGAGCCACUUGCAUGCAUUAGUUCUAACCUGAACCAUCCACUUUGAUAAAAUAAAUGUUAUCUAGGUGUGACUUUUGUUAGGGGUCAUCUUUUACAUUGUCUACAUUUAGAGUCAAUGCUUAGAACAUGUUUUCAGAUGAACUACUUUAAUUCAUGCUAGUGUAUGCCACAAAAGACAGGCUUAGUUUUCAGUUUCAGAACUUUUUUUUUUUAAAACCAGUAAUUGCAUGGAAUAAAUUUCAAGAGGUCAGGUCAGACUCUACAGGAGCUAUGUAUUAAGUGAAAGAUGUACACUUUUUACUACAUUAACAUGCUGAGAUAGUAAAAAAAAAAAAUUGAUACCAUUGAGCAUGAAAUAUGCUGUUUUCAUAUACAGAUAAUGUUGUGUUCACUGUUAGGUAGGGAUCUUGUAGCAUGUCAGUUAAACACUUGUUUUCAAGCUACUUGAAUCAGGCAGAAAAAAAUCUCUUCAAAUUCUCACCAGUUUUUGUGCAUUGACUCAUCUUCUCUGCCACCAGUAAACAAAUGUUUUGGAGACCUAGGGUACAUCUGUUCAAGGAUAAAAUAGCAUAGCUGGAGUUGGCUCAGGUCAGUAGACUUGAACUUGUAAGGCUAAAAAUUGCUGUGUAGACAGUUGGGCUUGGGCUGGAGCCUAGGCUCUGGGACCUUCCACUGUGAGCCUGAGUUAGCUGACUUAGGCCAGCCAUGGGGCAGGGAUCCCUGUGUAGAUGUAACCAUAGUGGCUUUGUGUAUAUUUUCAUUAAUGGAAUUUGUAAAAUGUAUCUAGAAAGCUACUAUUGUAUACUCAUUCAGAAGACACUAUCCUAGUCAAACAAGUACCUUUUGGCAAGCAUAGCAGUAACUGCUUUUAAUACCUUAAGACCUAAUAACAAAUAAGUUCAUAUAGCACUUAAUUUCCUCAGCUAGUCAAAAAAAUGUCAACUAAAAUGGAAGCAGCUCAGUGAGGUGUGUUUAUAUACUAUCAAAAGCCACUGGCUGUGAAGGUCUCUGGCUGGUAUAAGUAUCUAAUCAUGUACUGUUAUACCACAGGAGAAAUCACCUAGUAAACAAUUUUGAUGUGGCAUGAAAAGAUGUGCUAUUUAAACAUUCUUAAUGGGUUAGCUGAGUUGCUAGUUUAUCAAGUUAAUGUCACUAAAUACUGCUUAGACCAGUGCUUCUCAAACGGGGGUUGGGACCCCUCAGGGUCACAAGCUGUCAGCCUGCCACCCCAAACCCAUGUCAACCAAUAUUUGCCUGAGAACAGAGAUCUGAGUCUCAAGAGACCCACAUUGGAGCUAACAAUAGGUGUUUGUAAUACUAUGAGAAUCUAUAUGAAUCCAGUCUGCACAUGAAAGUUUUCAGCCUCCACUGAAAUACAGCCACCUCUGGGUUUGAAAGAAGUAGCUCUUCAACAGCACACAACAUUCCACUUUGCAUCCAGCAUUUAUAAUUGUGUUUAAAUAAAUUAAAGUGUUUGUUUUAUAAGGAUGGUUGCACUCAGACUUGCUAUGUGAAAAGGAGCACCAGUACAAAAGUUUGAAAAACACUGGCUUAGAGUAUCUAAUGAAAAGCAGACCCAGAAGAAACAAUUGAAUGGAAAGAUAGAUUGAGGGAGGUUAGACCAUUAAGAGAUUUGGAGGAGGGGAAUAUGUGUAAUUAAAACACAUGGUAGGACCACACUUGCAGUAUUCAUUUCAACAUGCUAUGCCUAGGCUCUAGGUUGCAGAGCUGCAUGUGCUUAGUAAUUUUCAGUGAUCAGUGUUCAAGCUGUUCACUGCUCCUGCAUAAGAUCACCUAACAGGGUGUUUAUGCCAUCCCUUCUAUUUAAAGAACUGAGUUCACAAACCAUAAGAAGGGGUUAAAACCAAAGUUUGAGCACCUGUCCUCUAGGGAUGAUGUACAAGAUAUUUUAUUCAGAUGUGAAGGUACAGACAGCAGGUUGAAAUGCAUCUCAGGUGUUCUUUUCAUGUCCUUAUUACUCAAUGUGUAACUCAAAAGCUUGAGCUAACUAGUGCUGUGAAAAAAACCCUUAACUAAUUAAGCUAGGUAGGAGUAUAGAAGCUGGAAGCAGUAAAGGAAAGACUGAAGCCAGUCCCAAUUAAAGUGAGUGCUGCCCCUUUGUUGCUACUGCUAACUACUAGAAGGAACUAAAUGAGCACAAUAAGUGUAGUCUAAUAACACAUGAGCCAAGACACAUUUGCUUCUGUCUGCAGUGGCUCAGGAAUUAGACAUUGUAGGAUUGAGGGACAGGCUUUAACAAUGCUCUAUUUAUACUUCCUUUAAUCAGCAGCCCAGUUUGUUGCCACUAUUAAACAUUAAUUGUAGCUUGAAGCACUUCCAUUAUAAAUUGUCAGAUGGUGUCAUCUGCCUAUAGCCUUGUCUGGGGUAGGAAGUUAACCACCCAUGCAAAUGUUGAGUGCAGGCAAUUUGCACUCUAGCAGUUUAUCCCCAUGGGUGCAAGUCACACUACACUAGGGGCAGAAAGGGGUGGAACCCCUUCAUGAACCCUGCUGUGGAAAAAGCUCUAUCUAUGCUAUAGAAUGCCACCUGUUAAACACACAUUACAUAAACUUUCUAAACACCAGUUUGUAGCACUUGUUUUACUCUUGUAGUUUAGUCUUGAGUAUGAACUGCAUCCCCUGACUAAUUUGUAGCCAUCAGAAAAUAAAAACAUCUUUAUCUGAAUUUGUUUAUUGACAGGUAAUAUGUUCAAAAUGACUGUACACAGUAUUGGCUUCAGCUGCCUCCAAACAUCACUGGCUCUGACUAACGCAGCAGUCUUACUUAGCCUAUGCCAAUGUGUUUGAGCAAUUUAAAAUAAAACUUAAAU